GUGUGUGUGUGUGUGUGUGUGUGUGUGUGUGUUUUCAGUUCAGGUCAGGUGUCGGUCAGCAGGACUCUACCAGACUCUCUCACCUCCUGGGAGAUCAAGGCCAUCGGCAUGUUCAGGAACGGUGUGUGUGUUGCCGACUCGGUGCAGGUGUCGGUCAGUCUGCCGCUCAGCAUUGACAUUCCGUUGCCAUAUCAGGUGGUUAGAGGAGAACAGCUCGAGCUGUCGGGCUCAGUGUACAACCACCAGGCCGACAGCAUUAUGUACUGUGUGACGCUGACGGCCGGCCCGGCGAUCUGUCUACUCCAGUCGGAAGAAGCCCCAGGGGGGGCCGGGCUGCGCUCCACUCCCUGCAGCUUGAACCAUCUGCCAGCAGGGGGUGUCCGCAAAGUGACCUUCACCCUGCUGGGCCUGGAGCCUGGAGAACACACCCUGAUCUUCACCCUGAAGAACCGACAAGGCAACAGCGACGUCCUGGAGAAGAAGCUCAGAGUGGUGCCUGAAGGCGUGAGGAAAGAGGAAUACUCUGGAGGGAGACUCGACCCACAGGGACUCUACGGUUCGGAGAAAAGAUCGGUGACGCUGAAGAACAAAUUGCCGACAAAUAUCGUCCCCAACUCGGCUGUGGAGAGAAUGCUCACAAUCAAUGGUGAAGUUCUAGAUGAGGUCUUGUCUGUGAUGCACAACCCUGAAGGCCUCAAACAACUUGUCAACCUGCCAGCUGGGUCAGCAGAGGCGGAGCUGGGUGGACUCCUCCCCCUCGUCCACGUGUAUAGGUACCUGGAGACAACAGGGAGCUGGGACGUCCUGGGACCAGACAUCCAGAAGAACUCAGCACAACUGAGGCAGAAGAUCAGAGAGGGUCUGGUCAGCAUCAGCUCCUUCAGAAGUGGUGACUCCAGCUACAGCAUGUGGAUGAAGCAGAAACCCAGCACCUGGCUGACCGCUCUGGUGGUAAAGACGUUGUCUCUGGUGGAUCAGGUCGUCCCGGUGGACCAUCCGUCCCUGUCGAACUCUGUGGCGUGGUUGAUUCGCAGCACUCAGCAGCAAGACGGGUCCUUCACUGACACGUCCUCCUUCAGACCCAACAAAGUCAUGGCAGCGGGGAGCGAUGGGGUCGAGCGGUCGGUGUAUCUGACGUCCUUUGUGUUGAUUGCCUUGAGCAGAGCGACGAGCAUCAGAGACCCGAUCCUGCAGCUCAGAUUUCAUGAUGACAGUAUGAGGUCUGCAGCAAAAUACAUUUCCCAGCAUGCCAUAGGUGUCAAGAGUGUGUAUGUGCGUGCGGUGGCGACCUUUGCUCUUACUCUUCAUGACCCCAACAGUAUGACAGCCAAUCAGCUGCUCACUAACCUGGAGAACCUGGCCCGACAGAAAGGUCACCCCGCUGUACUCAGGUACUGGCAGGAGUCCAGCGUAGCAGCAGAUUGGCUGAAACCUGACCAAUCCAGUGGUCUGACGGUGGAGACGACGGCGUACGUCCUGCUCACCGUGUUGCUCAAGGGGAGGAUACAAUACGCCAACCCCAUCGUGUCCUGGUUGACACAGGACCAGCAUUACGGAGAGGGUUUCUACUCUGUACAGGACACAGUGCUGACCCUUGAGACCAUCACAGAGUACUGCAAAACUGUCCCUCGAGCCGUCCUCAAUCAGGACAUCAACAUCCACUACAGCAGGAAGGGGGUUGUAGCACGAGUCCAGCUCAGACAGACCCGACCGGUGGCCACACCCAUCCAGGUGAUGGAGAAUGAUGACAUCACCGUGACCACAGGUUAUGGGCGGGGCGUGUCUAAUGUGAAGCUGAAGACAGUUUAUUAUGAGACCAGCUCAUCCACACAGAGGUGUAACUUUGAUGUUACCAUAGAGAUGCUCGGCCCAGACGUCUCCAGAGAGCCCAGUAUGCGUUCUCCUCACCUGGUCGCCUGUGCAAAGUAUAAACCUCCUCCUAACGAGGUGAACACAGAGUCCAGUCUGACAGUGAUGACGAUCCAGCUGCCGACAGGUGUGGAGGGUUACCUGGACGACCUGAGACAGGUGACGUGUUCUAGUUUCUCUGCCACAAACUGUCAUGUGUUCCAGUUUGUGGAGAUUCAGGAGAAGUUCUCUGUUUGUUCAUGUUUCCUCUGAUCUGUUAGUUUCACAUUGUAACGAAGAGACAAAAGUAUUUUGUCCUUAAUAGAUUACCUGGAUCUAUUUCCUCCUGCAGGCAGCAUGUGCACCAAAACCUUCUCCUCCCAGGAGCAGAAGCUGCAGCGCCUCUGUGUGGGCGAAGAGUGUCAGUGCAUGACAGCUGCCUGCGCCACCUACAGAGGAAACGUGGACGUAACACUGACGGCGGCCAAACGUACAGAGGAGACCUGUCGACCUCACGUCAGAUACGCCUUCAAGGUGACGGUGAAGUCUUCAGCAGCAGACGGAGACUUUAUGACCUACACAGCCUCCGUAGUUGAAGUCCUGAAGAACACAGACAAAGAGUUUGAGGCGGUGAGUUCAGGUACGGAGGUGGAGCUGGUAAAAAAGAUCACCUGCAGCCAUGUGGACGUUCACAGCCAGAAACAGUACCUGGUGACAGGAGCCAGAGGGUCAGAGGUCACACUCAGCCACGGCUUCAGGUAUCGUCUCCCUCUGGACUCGGACACUGUGGUGGAGCUAUGGCCGACAGAUUGUAGUUCUCCCGCCUGUUCGGACUACGUUUCCAAGCUGGAGGACUUUGCUCUGGACAUGCAGUUGUUCAGCUGUCCUGACUCAUCGUAACUAUAGAAAAUUAAGUCUUUUUGCAACCAGCGGAGUCGCCCUCUGCUGGUCAUUAUAAAGAAGACAAGUUUCAGGCACUUCUAUUUUUACUACAUGUUGUUGAUUCACAAAAAUGGUUUUAAAGUUUAUCUGAUCAUAAAACAUUUUCUUCUAUAAAAACAGUUUCUUUGUUUUGUGAAUAAAAAUAUAAAAAUCUCUUUGUAAAUGGAAACAAACAGAUUUUAAAACUUAAUUUUCUCAUGUUUUUAUUUCCUCAUGAGUUUCUUGUUUAAUUAAAUGUGUCUAAAAUGUGAUUAAACAUUAAACAACAGAUCAAA